AUGGAAGAAGAAAUCGCAGCAUUAGUUAUUGAUAACGGCUCUGGUAUGUGCAAGGCCGGUUUCGCCGGUGAUGAUGCCCCUAGAGCUGUUUUCCCAUCUAUCGUCGGUAGACCUCGUCACCACGGUAUCAUGGUGGGUAUGGGUCAAAAGGACUCCUAUGUUGGUGAUGAAGCUCAAAGCAAGCGUGGUAUUUUGACUUUGAAGUACCCCAUUGAACAUGGUAUCGUCAACAACUGGGAUGAUAUGGAAAAAAUCUGGCACCACACCUUCUACAACGAGUUGCGUGUUGCUCCCGAAGAGCACCCCUGCUUGUUAACUGAAGCUCCCUUGAACCCCAAGUCUAACCGUGAAAAGAUGACUCAAAUCAUCUUUGAAACCUUCAAUGCUCCCGCCUUUUACGUUUCUAUUCAAGCCGUCUUGUCCUUGUACGCUUCCGGUCGUACCACUGGUAUCGUUUUGGACUCCGGUGAUGGUGUCACUCACACCGUUCCUAUUUAUGAAGGUUAUGCUCUUCCUCAUGCCAUUAUGCGCCUUGACCUUGCCGGUCGUGACUUGACUGAUUACCUUAUGAAGAUCCUUAUGGAACGUGGUUACACUUUCUCUACCACUGCCGAACGUGAAAUUGUUCGUGAUAUUAAGGAGAAGCUCUGCUAUGUUGCCUUGGACUUUGAACAAGAACUUCAAACCGCUGCUCAAUCUUCUUCUCUCGAGAAGUCUUAUGAACUUCCUGACGGCCAAGUUAUCACCAUUGGUAACGAGCGUUUCCGUGCUCCCGAAGCUAUGUUCCAACCUUCUGUUUUGGGUCUUGAAAACGCUGGUGUUCAUGAAGCUACUUAUAACUCUAUUAUGAAGUGUGAUGUUGAUAUUCGUAAAGAUUUGUAUGGUAACGUUGUUAUGUCUGGUGGUACUACUAUGUACCCUGGUAUCGCCGAUCGUAUGCAGAAGGAAAUUCAAGCUCUUGCUCCUAGCUCCAUGAAGGUUAAGAUUGUUGCUCCCCCCGAGCGUAAGUAUUCUGUCUGGAUUGGUGGUUCCAUUCUUGCCUCUCUUUCUACUUUCCAACAAAUGUGGAUCUCCAAGCAGGAAUACGAUGAGAGCGGUCCUGGCAUCGUUUACCGCAAGUGCUUCUAA